UUAGCUGACAGAUUUGAGUUUGAGUUGAAGAAAGAUGGCAAAACAUCAACGAAAACCAAAUAAACUUUUUAGUCUUUAAAUUAGUUCCAGAUCUGUAGGGUGUGUGUGUCGCAGUGUCUAUUUCGUUUAUUUCCCUAUUAAUUUUUAAAUCAUUCACUGUUUUUUAUAGACAACUUUGUAGUUAUUAAAUAUAAAAAAAAACAAUUGUAAGCAAGUUUCGAACUUUUGUGCCUUUUACUUGUGAGUAAACUUAGUAUUUCACACAACAUUCUUGGACCAAAAAAUACACCAUGACUAUAACAAUGACUAGAAAAGUAAGUGAAUGCCAUGCAGAAACUCUCCAGUUUAUGCCUAUCGAGAAAGUUGAAGAAGAAUGUAUUAUGGAUAAAGACUACUGCAGCAGCACCACACUGCUCCGUAGAGGAAAAAGACUAGAAGACAAUAAUAAUAUAACUAAAGAAGAUAUUUUGUAUAUAAACUACAGACAGUUACUAAAAUAUGAAGAAGCUCCAGUCUAUUUGCAGCACAAUCCUUUCAUCAGAGAUGGAUAUCGGAAGUUACUACCUACUAGAUUAUGUUGGGAGAGUAUAUUCUGGUGGACGAAUGAAACCAUGAACAUAUGGACACAUAUAUUUGGUUUCUUUCUCCUGCUCUUUCUAACGAUCAAUGAUCUCGUCAUCAUAAAUAUUCACGCUACCUUAACCGACAAGACAGUUGCAGCUAUCCUGUUUUCUUGUUUUUUGGUUUGUAUGGCGCUGUCCGCUCUGUACCACACUUUCUCGUGUCGCUCCGAGUCGGAUUACAACACAUUCCUUAUGUACGAUCUCUUCGGCAUCGCGCUCUCCUUGCUGGCUAUUUACACUUCCGGCGUAUACUAUGCAUUCUGGUGCCACCACGAACUGAAGACGUUCUACAUGUUGACAGUGACUGUGAUAUUUGUUGUGGCGAUGGCGCUGCAAGUGCCGCGCUUCAAUGUGCCGUAUGCGGUCAAGAUGUGCGUUUUCAUCGGCUGGGCGGCGUACGGCGUUCUGCCCACUCUACACUGGACUUAUGUUAUGGGGGGCUUCGAUAACCCUAUGGUUCAGAUGUUUUUCCCUCGAGUUAUCGGCAUGUAUGUGAUAAGCGGCACAGCAUUUGCGAUAUACGCUUUUAAGGUACCAGAACGGUGGUUCCCCGGUAAGGUAGACUAUAUCGGCCAUUCCCAUCAGUGGUGGCAUGUGUUGGUCCUAGGUGCGCUCUAUUACUGGCAUAACUCUGCAAUGAUCUACGUCCAGUAUAGGAUGAACCACGGCUGCGCUAACACCAUGCGGAUAUUCUAACUAUUGUCAUAUAUUUGUUAGGAAACAAUUUAGGACCAGGUGUCUGGUUUUGUGUGCCUUAGUCCUUUUGGAUUUCUACGUACAAUGGUGCUUGUAAAGGCAUAUGAAUUAGUGAAAUGUAAAUUGUACCAAUAUUUGUCGUUGAUGGACUUAAUGUAACAGGCGUUUAUCCUUUUUCCACUAGCGGAGCUAUCAGUAUGAAUAAUUAUAGAGUGGGCGCUUUAAUCGCCUCUUCUAUUAUUUCACUUUGUAAUGAAUAUAACGAGUAGUUUAUUCCAUGUUUCUGUUAUUUAAGGAUUUUAUUUAUGGUUAGCUAUAACAUUCUUUCGUUGCCACAAAUACCAUACUAUUUCAAAAAGAUUAAAAUAACGCGACUUAGCUCAGUGGAAAAUGACUUAAGGCCCUUGAGAGGUAAUAAUGCCUUUAAUUAAGAACUGGGAUUAAUUUAGGGUUCCUUGAAAGUCUUUUUAUUUCCUGAAUAUUUUAUUACACUAGUAAUAAUGAUCUGCACAAAAUGUUUUAUCAAUGCAAAUAAAUUCAUAAAU